CUCCCAGAGCCCCGUCCCAGCGGUUUGCGCGUUACGCGCUGGGGCGUAUUAUAGGAAGUCUAGUCCUUUUCGAAGAAAAGUCGGGACGACGGAAUAUAGAAAUGGUUAUAUACUUACAUCAAUCAACAGAAACAGAAUUAGAAAUUCUAUAGAAAAUUAUAUUAAAUAAGAGAGGAUUUGAAGAAUAAGGGAAGGAGGAAAGGUGGUAGUGUCAAAGUCAAAUACGCUUUUGUUGUUGUCACUUAUCAGAGUUCAACUUUCUCCACCGUCGGACACAUAAGCAAAACCAAACCAACUACCUAAACCCCUCAUCAAAUCUGUCUCUCGUCCGAUAGGUAACCCAUCCGGAAUUCGAUAUCGUCUUCGUGAUUUUCGCCAAAGGAGAGUAGAGGCUGGGGAAGUACAAAGUAGAGCAAUCAUGGCUAAUAAUGCUGCUGCAUGUGUUGAGAGGGCGACAAGCGAUAUGCUGAUCGGUCCAGACUGGGCAAUAAACAUUGAGUUAUGCGACAUUAUUAACAUGGACCCAGGGCAAGCAAAGGAUGCCUUGAAGAUACUCAAGAAGCGCCUUGGAAGUAAAAAUCCCAAAAUACAACUUCUUGCUCUCCUUGUGUUAGAGAUGCUCAGCAAAAAUUGUGGGCAUAAUGUAUUUCAACAAAUUGUUGAGCGAGACAUCUUGCAUGAAAUGGUCAAAAUAGUAAAGAAAAAGCCAGACCUUAGUGUAAGAGAAAAGAUAUUAAUUCUCAUAGAUGCAUGGCAAGAAGCUUUUGAGGGUCCUGGAGGAAGGUAUCCCCAGUACUAUGCUGCAUACAAUGAACUGAAGUCUGCUGGAGUUGAAUUUCCACCUCGAGAGGAGAACAGUGUACCCUUGUUCACUCCACCUCAAAGCCAGCCAAUACUUCAUUCAGCCCCAGUGUAUGAAGAAGCAGCUGUAGAGGUAUCUCUUCCAUCUGAUGCUUCUGGUCUCAGCCUGCUAGAAAUUCAAAAUGCAUGUGGCCUAGCAGAUGUACUAAUGGAAAUGCUUGGUGCAUUGGAUCCUCAUAAUCCUGAGGGGGUGAAACAAGAAGUAAUUGUUGACCUUGUUGACCAGUGCCGUUCUUACCAAAAGCGUGUCAUGAUUCUUGUUAACAAUACAACGGAUGAGGAGCUUCUGUGUCAAGGGUUGACAUUAAAUGAUGACCUACAACGUGUGCUUUGCCGACAUGAUGACAUAGUGAAAGGAAAACCUACUGGUUGGGUAGGAACUACAGACAAUUCAGUUGCACCAUUUUUGAAUGUCAACCAUGAUGACGAUGAGUCAGAAGAUGAUUUUACCCAGCUAGCUCACAGGUCUUCAAGAGAUAAUGAGCUUACGCAGGCUAGGAUGCCUGUCGAUGCUAAGAAGGACCAGAUGCCUGUUAGUCCACUUCUUCCUCCGCCACCUUCAUCCAAGAAACCGGUCAGUGCAGAUGCUGGCAUGAUUGAUUAUCUAAGUGGUGAUGUCUAUGGAUCUCAAAGAGCCUCUGAACUACCAGAGAAAACAUCCCCUGCAGUUCAUUCAAACUACACAAACCCCACUUCACCAUCAGUUCCAACAUACUCUUUCUCAUCCAUUCCAUCUCAAGUGAAGGAAUCAACAUCAUCGUCCAUUUUCACAGAGCAGCCCAAAUAUGAUGAACCUGUACGAAGUUCAAAAUCUGCUGAGCAUCUCCCCUCUUUGGCACCUUGGGACAUCCAAUCUUCUAGCUAUUUACCACCCCCACCUUCCAAAUAUAAUCAACGACAACAGUUCUUUGAACAAACUCUGACCAAUGGUGCUUCCAAUGCUAGUGGUGGAUCAGGAUUCUCAUAUGAUGGCUUAGCAGGACAGACCCAGAAUCUCUCUCUUAGUCAAGGAAAGACCAACAUUCGGGAUCCAUUGAUAGAAACAAAACAAGUUAAACCAGAGGAUGCCCUCUUCAAGGACCUGGUUGAUUUUGCAAAGGCCAAGUCUUCAUCGUCAUCUAAACCUGGUGGUCAGAGAUCAUUUUGAGUGCUUGUUCAGCGGUUGUAGAUUAUUGAGGCAUAAUAUUUAUGCAUACCUAUUGGUUUUUCUGGCUUUUUACACCAGGAUGAAACUUUGAUGUUGAAUAAGCGGGGGUGAGUCAUGAGUGCUUUGGCAGGUGUUUUGCCCAUGUUAUAGCAGGUCAUUUGUUUAGGAUGUAGAGUGUCUGGGUUGUCUUCCACUAUUGGCUACUGGUUUUUUGUAAAAUUACACUCUUAUGCGAUAUACACAUGUUUUAUGAAUGUAUUAUAGUGUUUUGGUUCUUAUUCCC